AUGGACGCCUCCUCCCUCCGCAUCUACAAGUUCGAUGGAACUAACUUCCACGCCUGGAAGUUCAAGAUGCAGAUGGUGCUGGAGGAACGGGACCUAUGGGAGGUCGUCAGCGGUGAGAUCAAGGCGGAACAGUGCGAGACUCAGUUGGACCAAGCGACGUACAAGAGGAAGUCAAGAAAGGCGAUGGCAGUGAUCUGUCUAGCCAUGGAAGAUUCCCAGCUACCGUUGGUCCGGUCGGCAAGUGGUGCAUGCGACGCAUGGUCAAGGUUGGAAGACCACUUCGAGAAGAAGAGUCUUGCCAACAAGCUGUUCUUGCGCCGUCGCUUCUUCACGACAAUGAUGGAAGAAGGCGACGAUGUGCUCGAACACAUCAACAAGCUCAAGACGCUGGCGGAACAGCUAGAAGCGGUGGGGGCUCCAGUCUGCGAGGACGAUCUGGUGAUCACACUUCUCGGCAGCCUGAGUGACUCGUAUCAAUUCUUGAUCACAGCUUUGGAGUCGCGCUCAGACACUCUUAGCUGGGAGCUCGUGACGUCUCGACUGCUUCAUGAAGAAAUGAAGCGGAAGGAGCAAGGAAGUAAAGGUGAUGAAGCUUCGCAAGGUCAAGCGUUCAUCACAAGGGACAAUCAGCGCAAAGGGCGACCAGUGAAGAAGUCCUGGCCGUGCCACAAUUGCGGAAAGAUUGGUCACUGGAUGGCGGAGUGCCCCUCGCGCAUCCAAGAAAACACGGAGAGACACCGGCCACAGCGUGCUCAAGACAGCGGCGACCGCUAUCGAUCACAACGUGCAAACGUCGCUCAAGAAGAAGACUCGGGCGACUACCUCUUUCGAUCGGUGAAACGACAUCUGCGAAAUCGAGCGACAUCUGGCUGGUCGACUCCGGGGCGACGCAGCACAUGA